AUGAGCUGGCCCUUUCUCUCUGCGCUGAUCUUCAGCGCUGAGGCAUGGCUUGGCGGAGCACAGCAACAUGACGAGUCACUACGUGCCAUGCGAGAGGGAGGGGAGUUCAUCUUCAUUGGGGUACCGUGCGCAGUUGACUGGGAUGGCGACGGUGACAUUGACUUGCUGGUUGGGUGUAGCAAUGGCACAAUCGCAUACUACGAGCGUACGCCCCAAGGACUUGUUCACCACGUGGGAGCUGGAAACCCCUUCGAUGGGCUCCGGGUUGACCUGAUCGCUGUGCCCCGUGCUGUGGACUGGGACGCAGAUGGUGACAUGGACCUGCUAUUGUCUGGCUUCCAUGGCGUUGAGAGCGGAGAGUUCGAGGGCUGCCUGCGAUACUUUGAGCGCCUGGCGGAUGGAGGGUUGGUUGAGCGCGUUGGCUUUGACAACCCUUUCCACGUUUUCAAGCCGGACGGAGAAAUGGUGGUGGUGCCCCGAGCCGUGGAUUGGGACUCCGAUGGGGACAUGGACCUCCUAGUUGCAGGCUCUUCGGGGCAAAUCCGCUACUUUGAGCGUGUGGAGGGCGGGUUGUUGCAGGAGCGCUUUGAUGCGCAGAAUCCCUUUGAGGAAUUGGAUGUAGGGAUGCAGGGCGUCUUGGAAGUCACAGAUUGGGAUGACGACGGGCGAUUGGACAUCUUGGUUGGAACCAGGCUUGGGCGCGUGCGAUUCUUCAAGCAGCUGGCCAAUCAGAGCUUCACGGAGCUCACAGGUUCAUCUAAUCCACUCGCAAGGGUGCGGGGACGGUUUGCUGUGAUGCCAUAUGUUGUGGACUGGGACGAGGACGGCGACACCGAUCUCUUGGCAGGCGUUUACACUGGCGGCUUUUCAGGCGUGCUGCUCUUCAAUAGAGGCUCAUGCAAUUGGCAAGACCUGUGCCUCUCCCGGGGCUUCACCAAAGGCAAGCUGGACACAUGUUCCUGCAUCCUGCGCUAUGACAUGAAGGACUGCUCUGGGUGCGAUGAGAAUUACUUCUCUGGCCCACCUGAUACGUCAUUGGCCCGAGAGUGUCUUGCCUGCCCAAAGGUCGCGCAGGGGGAAGGCGUCGCAUGCUCGGGCAGAGGUCGCUGCCUCGAUGAUGCAGCGGCUCGUCAGCAGUUUCCGUGGAAGAACCGGCUGCAGCUGUCUACCGUUACUGGGAAUGGAUCCUGCAUCUGCAACGAGCCAUUCUGGGGAGAAGGCUGUGAAAAUGGCAUGUGUCCAGAAGGCCAAGAAUAUGGGCACGUGGAGGAUCGUUUCACUUGUCAUCCAUGUUUUCCGGGCUGGUUCAAACCAGAGCCUGGCAACAGCGAGCGGUGCCAAGUUUGCGGAAGCGGUACUUUUUCUUCUCAAUUCGGCAGCGCCUCAUGCUCCUCAUGCCGAAGCCCGCGAUUUCGUUCUCGUGUGGACAUUGCCCGCAUCUCCUGCGACUUUGCGAACAUCAACGUCCCUGUGGCCAUCGGGGUCAUGCUUUGUUCGGUGCUCCUUUUCCUACCGUUGCCGUGGAUGCUUUGCCACAAGGUCUGUUCCUUCUUUAGGAAUGCUUUCACAGUUGGAGAAGUACCGUAA